UCAUCUGGCCACAUCCCGGGAUCACUCAACAGCUCCGCCUCCUCGCCAGUGAUUGGCCACCGGAACUGUAGCUCAGGAGAGGCACACAGGCGGCCAAUCACCGGCGAGGAGGUGGAGCUUGGAGAGGAGGAGCCGAGCAGCAGCGCAAAGAGCAAAGAAGAUCGAGAGAGGGAGCGGCCAGAGAAGGAAGACAGCUGACAGGUAAGUGUCUGUAGCGUAUGCUGGCUGUAGAUGGGAGAGGGAGGGAGCGAGCCCAGGCUGGAGCAGGAGUUAGCAAGGUAAGUAUCAUUGGUGUCAGUGGGAG